GGAAGAAUGAAGGGUCAGCCUGAGAGAACGAUAUCCACCAGAUUCAGCAAGGGCUUGCAGAUGGAAAGUAAGGGAGUGGCAGAAAAGGAAGGAAAGCCAGUGGGGUAGGAGGGGGGAGUGUACCAGUGUGCGGCGGUGUUGACUAGGAAUCAAGUUUCCUAGACCCAGCAGUAACAGCAGAGAUUGUUUAAAGAGACUGAGACAGUUUUUCCUUAGGACACUCCCAGUUUCUUAAGGUCCAGUGCUAGCCUAGCAGUCCCCGGGGCACUCCCCUAGUCUGGCAGCCUGGAACACAGCAUACGGGGACAGCUAGACGUCCGGAUCUCUCUGGACACUCUCUCGGGUCAGCCGUCCAGAGUAUCAACCCCAGUAUCUGAGGCCUUUCUCAGAAGAUGUCUCUCCCGGAGCAUCUCUAAAACUCUGCAAUACUUCCAUCCACAGCCAAAAAAUCAGAGCAUAUCUCAGGGCAGACUUAAGCUUGGCACAUUCCCAGAGAUUGGUGUAUCAAGGAUAGAAAUGGAUUCUCUUCAAAUUUCACGCGUCAAAGAUGACCCCGACUUCAGAGUGAUGCUGUCAGGGUCGACACUGAGGAAGGUGAAGUCCCGUUCGUGGAAGAAACAGCGACAUUUCCGCCUCCUUGAAGAUGGCAUGACAAUAUGGUACAAAUCCAGAUGGGCAGGGAAAGGCCACUCCACCUUCUCAGUGAGUGAGGUGGAGGCUGUGCGCGAGGGCCACCAGUCAGAGGUCCUGCUGAGUAUCACUGAGGAGUAUCCCGCCAAUCAAUGCUUCACCCUGGUGUUUCACGGACGCCAAGGAAAUCUGGACCUUGUGGCUGAGUCAGCGGAAGAAGCACGGGCCUGGAUUCAGGGCCUGCGCAAGCUCAUUCACAAGGCUGAAACCAUGGACGAGAAGGAAAGGCUAGACCAGUGGGUCUUUGACUGGUUUCAAAAAGCUGACAAAAAUAGAGAUGGAAGGAUGAACUUUAAGGAGGUGCGGACACUGCUGAAGAUGAUGAAUGUGGACAUGAACGAGGAGCAUGCAUUCCAUCUCUUUACGAUGGCUGACAAGUCAGAGAGUGGCUCUUUGGAAAUUGAGGAGUUUGUCCAGUUCUACAAGAUGUUGACUCAGAGGGAUGAGGUGUGGAAGUUGUUACAGGACUACUCUGCAGACGGAGAGAAGUUGAUCUUGGAGGAGCUGGAGAGCUUCCUGAGGCAGGAGCAACAGGAAGGAGAGCGCAGCGUACAGUUUGCCCAAGAGCUUAUCGACCGCUAUGAACCUUCAGAAAUGGCCAAGAAGCAAGGGGCCAUGUCUUUAGAUGGCUUCCAGACGUACCUGCGCUCGCCAGAGUGCUCCGUUUUUAAACCCAAGAAUCGAGAUCUCUACCAGGACAUGAACCAGCCACUAAGCCACUAUUUCAUCUCCUCCUCACACAACACUUACCUCCUGGAGGACCAGCUUCGGGGACAGAGCAGCUUGGAGGCAUAUAUCAAGGCCCUGAAGAGAGGCUGUCGUUGCGUAGAGAUAGACUGCUGGGAUGGCAGUGAUGGGGAGCCUGUGGUCUAUCAUGGUCACACCUGGACCUCCAAGAUCCUCUUUAAAGACAUCAUUAUGACACUCGGGGAAUAUGCCUUCAAGGCAUCAGAUUUUCCUGUCAUCCUGUCCCUGGAGAACCACUGUGGUGUGGAGCAGCAGACAGUCAUGGCCCAACAUCUUGACCAAAUCCUGGGUGACAUGUUGCUGAGGACCCCGUUAGAUGGACAGGUCCCUCAACAGCUCCCUUCCCCAGAGGAACUGAAGGGUAAGAUUUUGCUUAAAGCCAAAAAGAUUGGAGGUCUAGAAGACUGCCUUGAUGAAACCCUGACAGAUGAGGUUAGUGAUGACGAAGAGAUAGACGAUGGAGACGCCGAGAGCCCCUCUGAAGAAAACCCGCCUGCAGAGUGCCAGAACAGCAGUAAACAGAAAUCCAAGUCUAAACUGUCCAGAGAGCUGUCAGACUUGGUAGUUUACUGCAAGAGCAUCCAUUUUCAUGGUUUUGAACAUGCUCGUUUGUACUCCAAAUGCUACGAGAUGUCCUCUUUCUCUGAGUCCAAAUCCAGGAAGCUUGUCAAGGAUGCAGGCACAGACUUUGUACGAUACAACACAAGGCAACUAAGCCGAGUCUAUCCGAGUGGACUGAGGACAGAUUCCUCCAACUACAACCCCCAGGAUCUGUGGAAUGUGGGCUGCCAGAUAGUGGCUCUGAACUUCCAGACAGCCGGUCUGGAGAUGGACCUGAAUGACGGACUGUUCAAUCAGAAUGGCCACUGCGGUUAUGUCCUCAAACCUGACUUCAUGAGGAACGUCGACAAAAUAUUCGACCCAGAGAAACCAAAGGAACAUGAUGGAUACUCACCACUCCGCCUAUCCAUCCAGGUGAUCAGCGGGCAGCAGCUCCCCAAGGUGAACCAAAAAGAGGGCUCUAUAGUAGACCCCCUGGUCAGAGUGGAGGUCUACGGAGUGUCACAGGACCAAGCCAAAGGAGAGACCAAUCACAUUCAAAACAAUGGUUUUAACCCGGUGUGGAAUGAAACUCUGAAUUUCAUCAUCCACACCCCUCAGCUGGCCUUAGUUCGAUUUAUGGUGGAGGACCAUGACAAAGCAUCCAGGAAUGAUUUCAUAGGACAGUUCACCCUUCCAUUCACAUGCAUCCAACCAGGAUAUCGGCAUAUUCAUCUCCUUUCUAAAGAUGGAACAGCUAUCCCUCCCUCCUCCGUGUUUGUCAACAUCAGCAUCUCAGAGCUCACAUGAGGAGCAAGAAGCGGGGGAUGUCUGCAAAUUCACUGUCUCCAAAAUGAAUUCACACCAAUGCAACUUGCUGAGGGUUGAAAAGUGGAAGCAACCAAAAUGGAUUAAUACUGGGACAAAAACAGGUUGAAACAGGGCACUGUACAAGAGAAUGUCCUCAAGCUUUUAGAAUUAAGGACCACAUGUCAACAUAUUGACUAUUACCUCAGGUAAUGUAGGAUUUUUCUUACUGUGAGCAUGUUGGAUCAUCUGUUUCAUUGAACACUUGAGUCUGGUUAAAACACGUAUUAUGCAGUAAAAGUAAUAAACUGAAUUACUACUUGAUAUCAGAGAGCACUUUGGUAUCAGUAGUAUUAAAUAAGUAACUGAAAAGUAACUAAAGAGAGACAAAGAGCUAAAAAGACACCAUAGAGUCUUAUUCCUCUGAGGCAUGAAUUUAAACAGUUCUAUGAAAAAUUCACGUUUGCUGCAAAAAAACGUUAACUUGUAAUUGCUGUUGGGCUAGUACCAAAUCUUUUGUAUUAAUACCAUAUAUUAUAAAUACAGUACUGUAUGUUUCUAUAAUUUAUAAAACAUAUUCAAGCGUUUCAAAUUACAGUAGCAAGAAAUUAGGUAACACGAGUGCUCUCUGCAUGUCUAGAUACUCAAGUUUGCUUUUAAAUAAUCUGGGAGGGAGGGGAUAACAGCUGAGAAAACAUUUUUACAGUCCAUGUAAUUUGAAAAAAGGAAAUUGUAAACCUUAAAAUAUUCAAAGGUCUGCAUUGAGUAUAUUGUAACCUGCAAAGCAACUGCAUGAAUUAGGAUAUUUCAUGUCCUGUGUACAAUGUAAAUGUAUGUAUAUAGUCAUGUAAAAUAUGCAUUAAACAAAUUCUAUGAAUGGUUGACCACUACUGAGCAGAUGAUUUUCAAACAACUUUGAUUCAUUUCAUAUUGUUCCAAUUCAGAUGUGUUCCCAAGAAAACAUAAAACACAACACACAUCUAAAAAUAUAAAAUCCUAUAUACGUACUAGUAUAAUUUUAGUGUCUGCUUUCACAAUACAAAGUUCAAACUGUUUGCAUCCCCAUUAU